CGAUGGCACGCUCCCCGUACAGUUCCCCCUCAAGGCGUACGAAAGCUCGGCAGCUGCUUGUGCCGGAUAUGCAGAACCACUUGCCGGAGCUGGUACAGGCGCCGCCACCGGCAACCAAUGCUCUCUGGGCUGCAGCUGCAGCGCCGCCGGAGGGUCCCGGCCAGCUGGAUGGGUUGAUCGCUCCGUCUGCCUUCCUGACCUUCUCCGGCCAUGCGGAGACAGAAAAUGCACCGGCAAUGAAUGUGCGUCGCUCCGGGCAAGAAGGAUUAGCCGAACUGCAGCGAUCCUCUGCGUUCCAGAGGAGCCUGAGCAGCCAGUCGCUGGAGCAGCUGAGCGUUCCACUCCUGCGACACAAGAGUGCGCCAUUUCAACCCUUCCUUCGUUCUCCGUCGGAGAAUUCCGCAUUCAACUCUGAAUUAUCUAGCAUCCAAUCUGAUACGCCGUCGAUGAGAAGGGUCUUUAGUGCUGGUGAUUUGCGGAUGAUGUAUUCAGGACAUGAAUCCGGAAGCUCACUAGGACUCGAAAAUUUCGUCAACGGAGCGCAGAAGGUCGCUCGGUAUAACGCAGAAGAGAAGAAAGAAAGGAUAGAAAGAUACAGGAGCAAAAGGAACCAGAGGAAUUUCAACAAGAAAAUCACGUACGCAUGCCGCAAGACGUUAGCGGACAGCAGACCUCGAGUGCGCGGUCGAUUUGCCAGGAACGAAGAACAAGGGGAGAACUCUACCCAGAUGCAAUGGAACCAGAUUGAAGAUGACGACGACGAUGAAAAUUGGAUUCACCUCUUCGAUGGGAACUACACACAAGUUCCUUGAUAAGGAAAACUAGCGUCAUGGCGGCAAAUCAUCUUAUGCUUCCGCAGAAGAUUCCUUAGCCCUGCUAUAGUUAAUUGACAAUGGGUGCUGUAUUAACUGUUGGGUAAUCAUAUGGAA